CCGAGGAGCACGGAGGCACCAUGAUGUCCCAGAUGAAAUCCGGGCCACCCUUAUUGACCACGUUAUAAACCAUCGCCUCACAAUGGCAGAGGCAGGUCGCCGAGUGCAGCCUAAUGUGCCUCGGUCUACAGUCUCCUCCAUCAUCCAAACCUUUCGCAGGGAAAACAGGAUUGGACGACAGCCUCAAGUGGGUGGCAGAAGAAAACUUCUAAAUGAACAACAAGAACGAGAAAUAUGCAACAUGGUCAUUGCAAAUAGUGCCAUCACACUGAGACAGAUUCGUAAUGCAAUCCUGCUAGACAAUGUAAUGUUCCAAAAUAUAAACUCUAUCAGCAUCUCCACAAUAGACCGGGUAUUGAAGAAACAUCAGAUGACCAUGAAACAGAUUUACAGGGUACCAUUUGAGAGAAACUCUGACAGAGUGAAAGGGCUGUGGUACCAGUAUGUGCAUAGAAUAAUGGCAUUAGAAGGCAACGAAACCCCUCACAUCCUAGUGUUCGUUGAUGAAGCUGGCUUCAACCUGGCCAAAGGUCGAAGGCGUGGCCAUAACAUCAUUGGCCACCGAGCCACUGUGGAUGUCCCAGGCCAGCGAGGAGCAAAUAUAACAAUGUGUGCCGCUAUAUCAGAAAGAGGUGUGGCCACACACAUUCCCAGUUUAAGGCCCUACAAUACACAAAAGCUCCUCAAUUUUUGGACCACCUUUAUACUGAUCUGA